AUGGUCAUCUGCGAGCGAGGUCUCCUCAAGAAGGGCUUCGGCAUCUGCCAUGGAGUCGCAGGGAAUGGCUUGUCUCUGCUCUGCUCGCAUCGAACUUUCAAACACGAAGAGGUCACUGCCAAGCGUUUUGCUCUCUUCGCCAGGCAGCCCAACUGUGAAGGAGCAGAAGCGCUGAAGCAGCAGCUGCUACAGACGCCCGACCGCCCCUGCUCGCUCUUCGAGGGCUUUGCGGGACUUGCGAUGUUCCUCCUGACGCUGCUGGAGGAGGAAACUGGGGCAGACAUGAAGCGACUAACAGGUGCUGCUUGUCCGUGGCACAUGUAG